UAAAGGGACAAUGAAGUAAUCACUCUGAAAGCAAAAUACAACUACUCUCAUGUGUCUUCUUAAUUAUCUCUAUAAAAGGAGCUAUUCGGAUUGUAGUGCAUUCACUCACUCUUCAUUCAAACCAUCUCGAAACGACUUAGAGAAACAAAUCCUUCAUAGAAAAAUGGCAGAGGUAGAAACUAAGAAAGAGAAAAAGGCUGCUACCGAGCCAGAGACGAAGGCUGCUGCCGAGCCAGAGACGAAGGCUGCUACCGAGCCAGAGACAAAGCCUGCUACCGAGCCAGAGACAAAGCCUGCGAGUAAACCAGAGACACAGGCUGAUAGUAUGGUUGGAGAGAUUUGGGUGGAUGUUGAUAUCAAAGCUUCUGCAGAGAAGUUCCACCAUAUGUUCGCUAAAAGACCACACCACGUGUCCAAUGUCACCCCUCGCCACAUUGGGGGAGUUGAGCUGCACAAGGGAGAGUGGGACAAAGUUGGAAGCAUAGUCUUGUGGAAUUACAUUCAUGAUGGAAAGCCAAAAGUUGCAAAGGAUAGGAUCGAAGAGGUGGAUCCAGAGAAGAAUCUGAUAAAGUUCAGGGUCUUAGAAGGAGAUGUGAUGAAGGAGUACAAGACCUUCUUGUUAACACUCCAAGUAACACCAAAGCAAGGAGGAACCGGAAGUGUGGUGAGGUGGCACAUGGAGUAUGAGAGGAUUGAUGAGAAGGUAGCUCAUCCCGAGACUCUACUUCCAUUCUUGGAAUCAAUGUCCAAAGAGAUUGAUGAACACCUACUGUCCACGGAGUAGAACGAAGACUUUCUUCUGCUUAUUUAAAACCUUAUAUAUGAUGCAUCGGGGUGAACAUGCAUGCAUAUAUUUCUGUAUUAUGUGGAGUUAUUGUUACACAUAUGUUAAGUUUUAUUCAAGUUAUAUAAGUUGGUAAUAAUAAAAUAUGUGCGUAUGAGCUUUCCCUUUCAUGUAUUUUGUGUUAUAAUAAUAAUAUAAAAAACAUCCCCUAGACUA